AUGUCCCGAAAGAAACCCCUCUUCGACACCGUCUUCGAGAUCCUCCGCACCCAGGAGGAGUCCGCCGCCGACUCAGCCCUUUCCCGAUUGAAUCUCAGGCUAUCGGAAAUCCUAAUUCUCGAUGUGUUGGAUUACGGCAAGAAGGACCCGGGCUUCCACCACACGAGAACCACGUUCGAUGCCAUUUUCCGGAUUAUAUCCAAAGCCAAGAUGAUGAACUUGAUGCUGGAGUUUCUGCAGAACUAUAUGAAGCAGAGGUAUGUUCACAAGAUCAGGCAUUACAACAUAUUGGUGAUGGGUUAUGCCGUGGCAGGUAAACCCGAGACUGCACUCCAGGUGUAUGGCGAAAUGCGGUUCCUAGGCGUGGACCUUGACGAGCUAGCUUACCAUGUGCUCCUGAACUCUUUCAUCGAUCAUGGUUAUUUUGAUGCUAGGCUUCCAGAAUGA